AUAGUGAUUCUCACAUAGACAAUCAACGAGAUCAUCAUUUAUCAUCAUCAGCUCACUCUCACUCUCGACAAUUCAACUAUCAUCAUUUUAUACUUUCUCUCUCUCUCUCAUCAUCAUCAUCAUCAUCAUCUUUCUGUCUCACAAAGAAAGAUCUAUGAUGAUGCUAUGAUUGUCUCAAUAGAAAGAUGGUUUUAUUUUUUAAUCUGUUAACUUCUUUAACAGUUGAAUUAAUUAUUUUUCUAACAAUUAACCAGUUACCUGUUUCCAUCUCAGCUCCAUCUCAUCAUCAUCAAAGUUCAAUACAAAAUGGAACCAAAGAACAAAAUUCAACCUACUCAUCUACAUCCUUCUCAUCAUCAUCAUCAUCAUCAUCGACGUUGUCUUCAUCUUCAUCUUCAUCACCCUCAUUAUUAUUAUCACCAUCAACGAAAGUUGAAUUCACUCAUAAACAUGAGCGUUUCCCUCGUGCAGCAACCGCUCGACCUGAGCGUCUCUGGGACUAUGGAGUUAUCCCUUAUGAAAUCGAGGCCAACUUUUCCGGUGAACAUAAAGCGCUCUUCAAACAGGCCAUGAGACACUGGGAAAACUUUACAUGUAUUCAAUUUGUUGAACGAACCCUCGAACAUCCUAAUUAUAUUGUUUUCACUGAACGUCCCUGUGGUUGCUGCUCUUUUGUAGGUAAACGUGGUAAUGGACCUCAGGCCAUUUCGUUAGGUAAAAAUUGUGACAAAUUUGGUAUCGUUGUCCACGAAUUGGGCCAUGUUGUCGGAUUUUGGCAUGAACACACUCGACCUGAUAGAGAUAAACACGUUGAGAUAGUCAACAAUAACAUCAUGUCAGGUCAAGAAUAUAAUUUCAACAAAUUGUCCGAUGAGGAAGUUAAUUCACUUGGAUUAACUUACGAUUUUGAUUCCAUUAUGCAUUAUGCUCGUAAUACUUUUUCAAAGUCCACUUAUUUGGACACAAUUCUACCCCAAGAAGAUAUAAUCCAUAAAACUCGACCCGAAAUCGGCCAAAGAAUCCGAUUAUCUAAAGGUGAUAUCUCACAGACCAAUUUACUUUACCGAUGUCCAAAAUGUGGUCGAACCCUUCAAGAACCAAGUGAUACUUUUUGGUCACCUUAUUGGCCUAAUGGGUCAACUCAGGGUGAAAGUGAACAUUGUGAAUGGCGAAUCACGGCAACUCAUGGUGAACGAAUUCAACUUAACAUUACCGAAUUGGACAUUUACACAUUGUCCGAGUUGAAUACUAAUCAUAAUAAUAACGAUGAUAAUUCGGGUGAUGAAAAUGAUGAUAAUAAUUCAAACAACUCGAACAGUAAUAAUGGUGAAUGUUUAGAUAAUUAUAUUGAAAUUCGUGACGGAUAUUGGCCGAAAUCACCUUCGCUUGGACGUUUCUGUGGUAAUAAAAGUCCAGAGAUAAUUAUGUCAACUGGUUAUCGACUAUUGGUAACACUUAAAACAACAAUUAAACAAAUUGGACACAAAGGAUUCAAAGCUCAUUAUGAAGCAAUUUGUGGUGGUGAUAUUAUCUCCGAGGAAGGAACUCUUCAAAGUCCUAAUUACCCUGAAGAUUAUCGACCUAACAAAGAAUGUAUUUGGAAAAUUCAAGUUCCAGAAAAGUAUCAAGUUGCCCUGAAAUUUUCUUCAUUUGAAAUUGAAUCUCAUGAUAAUUGUGUCUACGAUUAUUUAGAGGUUCGUGAUGGUCAUUCGCUGUCCAGCUCAACGCUUCUGGGUAAAUAUUGUGGCCACAAAAUACCAGCUGAUAUCCGUUCAACGGCCAAUAAACUUUUAAUCAAAUUUGUCUCCGAUUCUUCCGUCCAAAAAGCCGGGUUUUCGGCCAAUUUUAUCAAAGAGUUCGAUGAAUGUUCAAGUGGCUCUCAUGGAUGUGAUCAUGUUUGUGUUAAUACAUUGGGUGGUUAUCGGUGUGAAUGUCGAAUCGGCUAUGAGCUACAUUCGGAUGGUAAAAAGUGUGAAAAUGCCUGCGGCGGAUUAAUUGAAAUCUCUAAUGGUACAUUGGUCAGUCCCUCGUUCCCUGAUCUUUAUCCGCCCAAUAAAAAUUGUAUUUGGGAAAUAAUUGCACCGCCACAAUAUCGGAUUACCCUUAAUUUUACUCAUUUUGACCUUGAGGGGAACAAUCAAGAUUGUGAAUACGAUAGCGUCGAGGUUAAAAGUGUCAAGAGCGAUAAUCCCGAUUAUUAUAAACACGGUGUUUUCUGUGGACCAACAAACCCGCCGACAAUCACAUCGAUUGGUAACAGUUUACGAAUUGAAUUUAACACCGACAAUAAUGUCCAAAAAAGCGGAUUCUCAGCGUCUUUUUUCACAGAUAAAGAUGAAUGUGUAAUCAACAAUGGUGGAUGUCAACAUAUCUGUACAAAUACCAUAGGCUCUUAUAAGUGUUCCUGUCAUAAUGGUUUCGUCCUCCAUGAUAAUCGACAUGAUUGUAAAGAGGGAAGUUGUACCCAUUCAAUUGUUUCACCUUUCGGUUUGAUAAGUUCACCAAAUUAUCCUGAACUUUAUCCUAAUCGUAAAGAUUGUGCCUGGUUGUUUACAACUACUCCAGGUCAUCGGAUUAAACUUGUUUUCGAAGAUUUUGAACUUGAAACUCAUCCCGAAUGUGCUUAUGACCAUUUAACUGCCUACGAUGGAUCAACACUCGAAAAUACCACUUUGGGAAAGUUUUGUGGGUCCAAAUUGCCCCACCCGUUGCUCGCAUCGUCAAACAAACUCUACAUGAUUUUCAAAUCAGAUCCAUCAGUCCAAAGGAAAGGAUUCAAAGCGACACAUACAACAGUUUGUGGUGGACGAUUAAUGGCCUCAGCAACCGUUGAACAUUUGUAUUCCCAUGCUAAAUAUGGCGAUUCUAAUUACGAUAAGAAAGAAGAUUGUGAUUGGAUAAUUGAAGCUCCUAAUAGUUAUCGAGUUCGACUUCGUUUUCUUACCUUUGAGAUCGAAGCGGAAAACGAUUGUAGCUACGAUUAUGUUGAAAUUUUCGAUGGUUACGAUACAACUUCUCGUCUAAUUGGACGAUACUGUGGUAAUAAUUUACCACCGGAGAUUCUGGGAUCAAGUGAAUUCAUCUUGUUAAGAUUUCAUUCGGAUGAUACUUUACAUUACAAAGGAUUUUCAAUUGCUUUUUAUGCUUUGGAUGCUAACGAGGAUGGUCAGUUCAUCGAGGAAUCAUCAUCUUUGUCCAUCACAAAAACAAAACUAUAACAAUUAAAUAUAUCAUCAAUUGCAUGUGGUUAAAUUUACAUUGUAUUACAUAAAUAUGUUUUCUUUAGUUUGAUUUGAUUCAAUUAAAUCUUUUGAUUUCAAAAUGAUGA